AUGUCCCAAAUCUCAUUCUCAAUCAAAUUUGAAGAAGAGGAGGAGAAGGCGGCGGCACAGGAGUUUGCGGAUGACAUAUCAGAUGAGUCGAUUCUUGAUGAAGAAAUAGAAGAAGAGGAGGAGUUUGAGGAGUUGGAGGUUGACAUAUCCGAGAAUAUGGAGACAAGAACGGAGUUUGCAAAUUAUGAAAUGUCUGAGUAUUUGGAAACAAGAACCUACCACGCUCCUGCUAUGGAUAGAGAUCUCAAUAUUGAGAAGGAACAAGAAUGUGGCAUCUGCUUACUAGAAUAUAAAGAUGAAGAUACCAUUGGCACACUUCGAUGUGGCCAUGAGUUUCAUACUGAAUGCAUCAACAAGUGGCUGCAGAGGAAGAAAACAUGUCCGAUUUGCAGAGCUCCAGUUUUGCCCACAUAUGACUGCCUAUAUCAUUCUCAAUCUUAA